UUCUUCUCUCAAUCGAGUUUAUUAAAGAGAACUUGUCGCAAACUACUUCAGAUCGGCAAUUAUGGGGAAUAUAUCGUGACACGAAGGUACUUAAGCAGUUUGUAUGCUAGUGGAGUCAAUUUUGGUGAGGAGCGGUCUGGAGUUCCAGUGAUUGAUUUGAGAAGUGACACAGUGACUAGACCCACUGAUGAAAUGAGGGCUGCAAUGUCUACCGCACAAGUUGGCGACGAUGUCUAUGGAGAAGAUCCGACAGUGAAUGAACUACAGGCCAAGGCAGCAAAUCUGACUGGUAAAGAAGCUGCCCUAUUUGUACCCAGUGGAACAAUGGGGAAUUUGAUAUCAGUAAUGGGGCACUGUCCUGGUCGAGGAGAUGAGAUACUUGUUGGUGACAUGGCUCACAUCAUAUUAUGGGAGCAGGGAGGAGUCGCACAAUUGGCUGGUGUUCAUUCAAGGCAGGUGAACACUAAUGUUGAUGGUACAUUGGACUUGGCAGACAUAGAGAAAAAAGUGCGUUCACCAGGAGAUGCACAUCUGCCAUUCAGCCGUUUGAUUUGUGUUGAACAGACACAUAAUGCUAGCGGAGGCAGGGUGUUGUCAUUGGAAUAUUUACAAAAGCUAAAAGAUGCUGCUGCAAAACACAACCUUAAUAUUCAUAUGGAUGGCGCAAGACUCUUCAAUGCUGCUACAGCCCUUGGUGUUCCUGUGGCACAGGUCACUAAGCAUGUUGAUUCUGUCACUUUCUGUCUUUCAAAGGGUCUGGGGGCUCCUGUUGGCUCAGUAAUAACUGGAGAUAAAGAUUUCAUUUCAAGGUGCCUGCGUCACAGGAAAGUUCUUGGGGGUGGAAUGAGACAAGCUGGUGUAUUAGCUGCUGCAGGGAUUUAUGCAUUAGAUAACACAGUUCCAAAACUUAAAAGAGACCAUGCUAAUGCACAGAUUUUUGCUAAAGGAAUUCACGAAAUGAAAGAUCUUGGACUGGAUGUAGAUCUUAAGAGCGUGGAGACCAACAUGGUGUACUUCAGUGUCAACCAUCCCACAAUCUCACCCAUAGAACUUUCCAAACGCAUGCUCAUGGUAUCUGAUGACGAACCAACAGAAACAAGAAUAGCAGUUAGAAUUUUGACCUCUCGAAAAGGAACAACACGAGUGGUUCUUCAUCACCAGGUGUCUGAGGAUGAUGUUUAUGUGACUUUACAAAAAAUGAAGUACAUCUUAGCCUCGUGAUGCGUGAUG